UAGAUAAGCAACUUCUUCUGUGAAAUACUCACGAACAAUCAUCAAGUGAACAUCGUCAUGUUUCCUCAAUUCACCAUCAGCUCUGUCCUUGCCUGUGCCCUCGCUCUAGCUCUCCAGGCAGAGGCAGCGCCUCAUCAAAUGCUCGAGCGUGCUACAACAGACCUCAGCUUGACAGCUCAGCUGCGACUCGCAGAUACUGCUGCCGAGCGCUAUCAGCUCCUGCCGAAGGAUGAAGAUUUUGUCUUCGAUUUCAACAAGAACGCUGAACUUCCGCUGGCCAACCACAAGAAUUUUCCUGCGCUCGUUGGCACUGGCGCAUCUUUCAGUGUUUCACAAUUGCCAGCAUGCAGCAUGAGCUUUGUUCACCUCCAUCCUCGUGCUACCGAGCUCUUUGCCAUCAACUCUGGCCGCGUGCUCUCUGAAAUGGUUCCAGAAGGAGGCGUGGUUGACUCUAAGGGGAACCAACGAGUUAUCCGUGAAGAACUUAGCCAGGGCAUGUUGACCAUCUUUCCGGCCGGUUCAUUCCACACACAGGUGAAUCCGGACUGUGGGCCUGCCAACUUCACGGCAGCCUUCACAUCUGAGGACCCGGGAUUUUUCUUGGUCGCGGACCAGACCUUUGCCUUUAGCGAUGAUGUUGUCGCUGCAACAUUCGGGCAGAGCAUUGCGGGUGAGGAUAUCGAUAAAGUGAGACAUGCUAUCCCGGCGAAUAUGUUGAUCAAGGUCGAGGAGUGCUUGACCAAGUGUGGCAAGCAGAAGCGUCAGGUGUGA